AUGUCAGGAAAAAAUAUACUAGAAAUAAUUCAAGAAAAAUGCAGUGAAGGAUUAUCUGAAUGUAAAAUCAGUUUAUUUAGCGCAUUGAAUAACGCGUUAAAUGCAGAGCCAGACUGUGAUUAUGGUUGUACUAUAAAUGGUAUUGAGAUACCUUCUGAUGAUGAUCUUAAAAAAAUUUAUUUAUUCUUGCAUAACAAGUCAGAGUAUUUAUAUGAAUAUAAUGAAAUACAAUGUACUUAUUUGAAUGAAUGCAUAAAUGAAAAAGGAUAUGAAUACAUAAUUGAUGAUGAAAGAAGGGAUUACAUGAGAAGUUGGAAUAAUGAUAUUAAAACUAUAUUCGAUAAUUUAAUUAAUGAAGAUGAAUGUAUUCAUAAAUGUUGUCAAUUCAAAUCCACUAUAGCUAUACCUACUUAUUUAAGUAUUCCAAGACCUCUGGAGAAUACUGGAAAAAGCAUCUCUGGACCAAAUCCGUUAGUAGAAUAUGAUACUCAAAUUACAAAUCCACCUGAAUCUCAUGCAUAUACUUCUGUUUUACUACCAAUAACAAAGGUUACACCUAUUGCAUUUUUAACCCUAAUAACAGUUGUAUUUAUUAUUUUCUUUUCAUCUAAGUAUUCCAGAGUAAAUACAUUUUUAUGUAAUAAAUAUAAUUGGAUGAGUAUAAUAAGGAAAUACACAACAAAUAGAAAUCCGAUUGCAUGUAAUGAAGAUUUUUUAUUAAAUUCAACAAACUAUUAUAUUAAUAUAUGUUAUCUAUCAUAA